AUGCAGGACGUUUCUGGUAAGAAUUUGAAAUAUAAAGUUUAUGAAGAGCAAAAAGUGGGCACAGUGAUUGCAAGGCUAAAGGAAGACGUGGCGGGUGUUCUUUCUAAAUUACCGAGUUCAGUGUCCUUUCUGUUCCGUGCUAUGCAGCGGGGGAGCACUCCGUUUCUGUCGGUUCGGGAGGAGGACGGUGAAAUCACCAUAGGGACCAAGAUUGACCGGGAGAAGAUUUGUGAAAAGAACCUCAACUGUUCCAUCGAAUUUGACGUUAUCACUCUGCCUACUGAAUACCUCCAGCUCUUCCACGUCGAGGUGGAAGUCUUGGACAUUAACGAUAACUCGCCACAGUUCUCUCGUGCCAUCAUACCCAUUGAGAUCUCCGAGAGCGCAUCUGUGGGAAACCGGAUCCAGCUGGACAGCGCCACGGACCCAGACGUGGGAGAUAACUCCCUUUACUCUUAUUCCCUGACACCGAAUCACUUUUUCAAAAUCGACAUUAGGACCAGAACCGACGGUGCCAAAUACGCAGAGCUUGUUGUGGUGAGAGAGCUGGACAGGGAGGUGCAGUCCAACUACCAGCUGCAGCUAACGGCCUCGGACAAUGGAGUCCCCCCGAAGUCCGGCUCCACUUUGCUCAAGAUAAGCAUCUCGGACUCCAAUGACAACAGUCCGGCUUUUGACGAGCAGGCUUACGUUAUUAAUCUCAUGGAAAACUCACCACUAGGGACUCUACUGAUUGAUUUAAACGCCACAGAUCCGGAUGAGGGCACAAACGGUAAAAUAGUUUACUCUUUCAGCAGUCAUGUCUCUCCCAAAAUACUGGAGACAUUUAAAAUUAACCCUGAAAAUGGUCAAAUCACUUUGAUUAAAAAAGUGGACUAUGAAUCUACGUCAUCUUAUGAGCUGGACAUUCAGGCACAGGAUCUGGGUCCCAACUCCAUCCCUGGACUUUGUAAAAUCGUCAUCAAAGUGGUGGACGUGAACGACAACAAACCGGAGAUCAACAUUAACCUGAUGACUCCUGGCAAGGAGGAGGUGGCCUACAUCUCGGAGGGCGCGCCAGUGGACACCUUCAUAGCACUGGUGCGCGUGGACGACAGUGACACGGGGCUCAACGGUGACGUGGUGUGCCGCCUGCACGGCCACGGUCACUUCCGGCUGCAGAAGACCUAUGAGAAGAAUUACAUGAUCCUGACCAACGUGUCUUUGGACAGAGAGAAGAGGUCAGAGUACAGUCUGACAGUCAUAGCUGAGGACCGCGGCUCUCCAAGCCUCUCCACAGUCAAACACUUCACUGUACAGGUGUUGGAUGAAAACGACAACCCGCCUCGCUUUGAGAAGAGUCGCUACGAGGUCUUCAAGUCAGAGAACAACUCUCCAGGGGCCUACCUGAUGACAGUGGUAGCGUCCGACCCUGACCUGGGCACUAACGGUCAGGUGACCUACACGGUGGUGGAAGCUCUGGUCCAGGGAAGCCCCAUCUCCACCUACGUCACCAUCGACCCGUCCAACGGCGCCAUCUACGCUCUACGGAGCUUCGACCACGAGGACGUUAGCCGCAUCGCCUUCACUGUCCAGGCACGCGAUGGAGGGAACCCCGCCCUCUCCUCCAACGCCACCGUCCUCCUGACUGUGCUCGACGAUAACGACAAUCCGCCCACCAUCCAGUCCCCACCCCUACGGAACCACACCGCCGAUCUACCUCUCUGGAGACACGCCUCCGCCGGUCAGCUGGUCACCAUCAUUAAGGCCACCGACCGCGACACCGGUGCCAACGGCGAGCUGAGCUGCUCCAUCGUCGGGGGCAACGAGGAGGGCCUGUUUGUGAUGGACGCGCGGCGAUGCGAGCUGCGGACCAAUGGCAGUCUGGAAGGGGUUCCCAAGGACGUGCUGGAGAUCAGGGUGGAGGUGCAGGACAGGGGCACCACUCGCCUGUCCACGGGGGCCCUGCUCCGCCUUUCCCUUCAGGAGAACAUGGACAUCCUCCCCCCAGACCUCCCCACGGGCCCAAGCCAGCCACCGCUGGACCUCUCCCUCAUAAUCAUCAUCUCCCUGGGGGCUGUGUGUGCCCUGCUGCUGGUGGUCAUGGUGAUGUUCACCACGGCACGCUGCAACAGGGAGAAGAAGGACCCACGCAACUCGUACAACUGCAGGGUGGCAGAGAACACGUACCAAAACCACCCGAAGAAGCCCUCUAGGCAGAUCCAUAAGGGAGACAUCACCCUGGUUCCCACCGUCAACGGCACCCUGCCCGUUCGGGCACACCCACGCUCACCUUCUGCUUCGCCUGCCCCGGAGAGGGGCACCAUGGGCAGCCGGCAGAGCCAACACAGCCGCCAGUCGCUUAACAGCCUAGUCACCAUCUCCUCCAAUCACGUCGCAGAGAACUUUGCUCUGGAACUGGCCCACGCCACGCCCCCUGUCGAGGGCCAGUACCAGCCUAGACCCUGUUUCCGUGGCAACAAAUACUCCAGAAGCUACAGGUAUGCUCUAAAUGACAUGGAUAAGUUUAGUCUGAAGGACAGUGGUCGUGGUGACAGCGACGCUGGGGACAGUGACUACGAGGCAGGGAGAGAGUCUCCCAUCGACAGGCUCCUGGGUGAGGCCUUUACUGAGCUAUACCCCCCUGACGGCCAACACAGACCCCAUCCACAGCAUCCGCAUGCAGCGAUGAGACUGUGCACUGAGGAGUGUCGUGUCCUGGGUCAUUCUGACCAGUGCUGGAUGCCUCCCCUGCCCUCCCCAGCCUCCUCUGACUACCGCAGUAACCUCUUCAUCCCAGGAGAUGACCCCCGCCAGGCCAGAGACCCCGAGCAGCCCCCACAGUCCUCCGACCCCGCCCACCCUCAUGCCCAACGCAGCAACCAGAGCUUCUCCACCUUUGGCAAGGACAACCAGGAGGGGGCCGAGGAGGGAGAGGCGGAAGAUGGGGGAGAGGAGGGGGAGGACCUCUGUGGAACCACCUCCCUGCUGUCAGAGAUGAGCAGCGUGUUCCAGAGGCUCCUCCCCCCAUCGCUGGACUCCUACAUCCAGGUCAGUGAGACCCAGAAGGGAGGUACGAGUGUGGGGGGUGUAAGUGUCCCAAUGACGGGGUCACUGGACAGGAGGAGGGGUCACUUGCCAGGUAAGCCCAGUGCCGCAGCCCACCAGCAAGGUGUGGCAGCGUGGGCUGCCAACACGCACUUCCAAAACCCCGGAUCUAGCAUCGGGCCCUCAGGCCACCUCACUGCCCUGGUUAGCCCUACCCUGGUGGUACCCUCCCUGGCCCCUGCCCCUGCCCCCAUCCCUGUCCCUGUCCCCCUCCCGGGGCCUUGCGGUAAGUGGCUCCCAGCCAUGGAGGAGAUCCCAGAGAACUUCGAGGAGGAUGAGUUUGACUCGGUGCUGGGGCAGCUGGGACACCUGCAGGGGAAGAAGAGCGACAGCCGCCAUGAGUUGAUGGACGCCAGCGAGCUAGUGGCUGAGAUCAACAAACUGUUACAGGACGUCCGGCAGAGCUAG